AUCGGAGAAGAUGCCUUUGGAAAAAUGAUACCCGACCAACGGGGAUUCAAUUAUGCACAGCUUCUGUUUCCCGUUGGAGUCCUUCCUUAGAGCCGUCGGCCAAUCAAAGGUAGAUUAUUUUAGUUUGGACAUCGGGGGACUGGAUUACAGUGUCCUCAGCAUCAUCCCCUGGGACAUUCUAGACAUCCAGGUCCUGAUGGUGAAAACCAACAAGGGAACGAGGAAUGAGAUCUUGAAGCUAAUGGCUGAUAUGACGAGGAAAUGGGACGACGAAGAGCUGUACCUGAGGGUCUGGGAGAAAGGAGAACGGAUUUCGGGGAAUGACCCCCGCCUGCUGCAAUACAUCAGGGACCAGGUUCUCAUUCCACCUCUUUCCAGGGAUGUGCCCUACAAGCUCGCAGACCCGAGGAAACAGCACUUCUCGCAGUCUCAGGAGCAGAUAAUUUUCCUGAAUGAAUCCUUUGGCGACUCUAAAGGAGGAUUCUUCAUCGAAGCAGGAGCGUACGAUGGUGAAACUUUUUCCAAUACACUUUGGCUCGAAAGGGAGAGAAAUUGGACCGGUCUUCUUAUCGAACCCGAUUCUGCAAAUUUCGACACUUUGAUGGGGAAGCAGAGGAAGUCAUGGUUGGCUCAUUCUUGUCUAAGUCCUGUCCCUUAUCCUCAAAUGAUGACUUUAUUUGGAGGGAAAGCAGUUGGAGAGAUGAUACCUGGAAAACAGGGAAACAAUGAGGAACGGAAUCUCGUUUGUUUCCCGUUAGAGUCACUCCUCGUGGCCAUCGGCCAACAUAAUGUAGACUUCUUCAGUUUGGACAUUGAGGGACUGGAUUACGAUGUCCUCAGCAACAUUCCUUGGGACAUACUAAAUAUCCAACUCCUGAUGGUGGAAACCAACAAAGGAACAAGAGAGGAGAUCCUUGAUUUCAUGGCUGAUAAGAAAUAUCGACACGUGAAGAAGAUAUACGUCGAUGACAUUUUCGAGAAAUCCUAUCAGUAG